CACUAUCACAUUCAUUUUUAUACAUAUUUAUAAAUAAAAAUGUAUAAAAAUGUUUCGGUUUAUAAAUCAAAUUCGAUUAUAGCAUUGGUUCGUUUUUUUAAGUCGAAUUGAAAAUGUACUUCCGGUACCGUCGAUGACGUAAUCCCGCACCUCGGAGCUCUGUGCUGUAUAACAGCAUCAUCAGUACUGAAGCAGCUCUGCAGGAUCUGGGAGAAAAAUAAAUAAACAAAUAAAGAAGAUUAAAGCGUCGGACGCAGGAGUCACGGUGCUGCGACAUGGACGAGCAAAAGGAGUCUCUCCAAAAGAUCGUCAACACAUUGGCGCUGAAAAAUGAGGAGAUCCAGAACUUCAUCUGCUGCCUGAAGCAAAAUCUGCAGAACCUGGAGGCGAACUCCACCCGUGUUCAGGAGGAUCUGGAGUCGGAGUUCAGCUCUCUGCAUGCUGUUCUGGACGAGCUGAAGGAGGGAAUGAUGACCCGAAUCAAACAGGAGCGAGCCAGUCGCACGUAUGAGCUACAGAAUCAGCUGAGCGCCUGUACGAAAGCUCUGGAGAGUUCUGAGGAGCUGCUGGAAGUGGCCAAUCAGACGCUCUGCUCGUCUGAGACGGAUGGCUUCAAUCAGGCGGCUAAAGACAUAAAGGAUAGUGUUACCAUGGCCCCAGCCUUUCGCCUCUCUUUAAAAGCUAAAGCGAGUGACAGUAUGAGUCACCUGAUGGUGGACUUCACUCAGGAGCGCGAGGUGCUUCGGGCCAUCAGAUUCCUCCCAGUUCCUGCUACUCCAGAGAUCCAGGAGUCUGAGUGUCAGGUGUAUGAUAACUCCGUCAUGGUGCUGUGGACUUUACCGGAACCAGACUCUAAAAUCGACCACUACAUCCUGGAGUACCGGCGAACGAACCACGAGGGGCCUCCGCGCGCCCGGGAGGAGCAUCCGUGGAUGGUGGUGGAGGGGAUUAAAGAGACGGAGUACACGCUCACAGGCCUUCGCUUCGACACGCGCUACAUGACGUUUCGGGUGAAGGCGUGCAAUAAGGCUGUAGCAGGAGAGUUCUCCGAGCUGGUUACUCUGGAGACACAUGCGUUCGUGUUUAAGCUGGACGCGGGUUCAGCGCACCAGAACCUGAAGGUGGAGGACCUGAGCGUGGAGUGGGACAGCAGCGGGGGGAAAACCCCGAUCCAGGACAUCCGCAAGGAAAAGAACAGAACCAGCUCUCCUAUGCACUCUCCGGCCAGGACGGCCAUGAUGUCUCCGAAGAGAGCGCCUUCAGCCCGGGUGGGUCGAGACCGCUUCACGGCCGAGUCCUACACUGUUCUGGGUGACACCAUGAUCGAUUCAGGGCAGCACUACUGGGAGGUUCGGUUCGAUAAAGAGAGCAAGGCGUUUGCUGCGGGCGUGGCACUGCGUUCUCUCGGCCGAUUCGAUCAGCUCGGGAAGAGCAGCGCCUCCUGGUGCAUCCAUCUGAACAACUGGCUCCAGCAGAGCCUCAGCGCCAAGCACAACAACAAGGCCCGCACGCUGGACUGCCCCAUCCCCGAGCGCAUGGGCAUCUACUGCAACUACGACGAGGGCACAUUGUCUUUCUACAACGCCAAAACCAAAACACUCAUGCAUACUUUUAGGACCAAGUUCCAGCAGCCGGUUAUUCCAGCUUUUAUGGUGUGGAAUGGGAGUUUCUCGGUUCAGACGGGUCUGCAGGUUCCUACCAUAGUGCAGUGCGGCCAGAAAAGGAACAGCAACGCCAGCAGCUCCAACGCCAGCCUUACCUAGACCUCCACUCGUCCUCCUCCACCCGUCUUCCUCCACUGCUUUAUAGAACUGUCGCCUGUCACUCGGGCUCUUAGUGGCAGCGGAAAUUUCCCACAUUUUUACCCCAGUGUUUGGAAAUGGAGAGGAAAAAAAGAGAGAAGCACCAGCUCUCUGUGCCUUUCAGCUUUCUCAUUUCAUCCAUGAACAUGUGAGAUUUACACACAGCAGUAUGACUGUAAUUAAGUUGCUUGGUUCUGUCAAGUCUUUUUUUUUUGUCACUGAUAAAAGUGAGGUGACAUUUAGGCUGUUUAAGACUUGAAAUGUUCUCACGUGUACAAAUGAAAUAAUCUUUGUGUAUGUGAGAGGUAAAGUGAUGCUCACAUUCAUCUUAUGUGUGAGGUGAAUUUGAAAAUGUUUUAUGUAUACAUGAGAGAGUUCGUGGGUAUAUGUGCGGUAAAAUUUUGAACGAGGGUUUCUGUGUGAAUGCGAGAGCAUUUUGUCGGCAUAUGUAAGGUGAAAUUAAGUGUGAGUUUUUUGUGCAAAUACAAGUGCAUUUUGUGGGUGAAUCUGAGGUAUAAUUGUGAAUUUGAGUCUUUUUUGUGAAUGUGCGAGCAUUUCUGGGCAUAAUUGGGGUCAGAUGGUGAAUGUGAGAGCAUUUUGUUGGGUAUACGUGAGGGGAAAAUUGUGAAUGCGAGUGUUUUUGUAUGAAAGCGAGAGCAUUUUGUAGGUGUGAGAUAAAAUUAUGAGAAUGUGAGUGUUUUUGUGUGAAUGUGUGAGUAUUUUGUGGGUAUAUUUGGGGUAAAAUUGCAAAUGUGAAAGUAUUUUGUGGGCCUGUGUGAGGUAAAAUCGCGAAUACAAGUGUUUUGUGUGAAUGCGAGAGCAACUUAUGGGUACAUGUUUGAAAUAAAUGCUCUCAUAUACACAAUUCUAUGUGUAUGAAAGGUAAAUGUGAGUGUGAGAGCAUUUUAUGUAUUUGUAAGGACAUUUUGUGGGUGUGUGACGGAUAAAUUCAACAGCCUGAAUGCCACCUCAUAGCAAACCAAAAUAUUAUGUAUGUUUGUUCUAUUCCUUUUCUUUUUUUUUUGAUGAGUUCCUUGUGUCAGCUCGGCCAUUUAAUCCACUUCAGUCGUCUGUCUUGUUUGGCUUUGUUUUAACGCAUUUUCGCACUGAAUGUCUCUGAUCAUAGGCGUCUAAUUCUGCUGAAUGCUUCUCAAGUAAAAUCUGUGUUAUAUUCAGAACCAGUUUAGUACACUAACUUAAUACUAGUAGUAAAACACUUCGUAUAGAAUAUAUACAACAUUGCUGUGCCAGCAGAAGUCCACGUGGAGGGGGGAAAGGACUACACGAGACGAAAAGUGUGUGCGCGUGUGUGUGUGUGUGUGUGUGUGUGUGUGUGUGUGUGUGUGUGUGUGUGAGUGAGAGAGAGAGAUGAUGUACCAUAGUGUAUUGCUGCGUUUGUAAUGUUUCUACGCUUUCGACAAACAGGUCGUACUUGUUUUUGUUGCACACAGAUGUGUAGGACAAAGGAGAAAAUUCCAGUUACCUCCACAAAUAUGUACAAUAUUUUAUCAUGUUUUCGGAUUACGUGCACGAUGACCAUGUUACUAAAUAUUACUCUUUAUUCUCGCUAACGCCCUACUGCAAUUUGCUAUAUAUCUCUGUAUAUAAGCCUUUACUGCUUUUAUGCUGAAACUGUAGUAUUAUAACAGACUGCAAAGUCUUCGAUUUUCCCACGUUGUAAUCCUGUGCAAGAUAAUAAAACACUAAGACGGCCAUUUGUGGUUGUGUUUUUGACAACCUUCAUCCAAGUUACAGUUUUGAGCUAGCUAGCGAUCAGAGAUAUGUUUACCUAUUGCAGUAAUGUUUUUUUCACGGCAACACCAGCUUGAUUAAUACCUUAAUUUAGUGAAUACAAUGACAACCCGUCUGUGUAACGCUAACAGUCGUUCUCUCAUCAGCCUCUCUUUUCUUUCUCUCUCUUGAAGUUAAUGAGACAAACUGCAAAGUGUAAACUCCUCUGUCCUGAAAAUGUCAGAAAACGUAGUUACAGCUUUAGCUCUGACUGUUACAAAGCGCUGACACUGGAGACUCCUUCCAUAAAUGUUAAAUAAAUAUCAUCUUACAGAAAACUUCACCAAAAGGCCGUGUGAAUGAGCU